CUCUUUAUUGCAAUACCAAACCGGUAUUGACACGUUUUUAGAUAAAACUAAUAAUAUUAUGCGACUUCAAAGCGUUUUGAGAGCGUUCACUUCCUGUGUUGACCGGAAGUAAAAUCGUCGGCUCUCCAGCUGUCAUGGCGGAAAAGAAGAAUGUUUUGGAGAAGCCUUUGCUGCUUUUGUUAAUUUUUCUGAGUUUCCUGCAUUUAUUCAUUUGUCCUUUCACGAAAGUCGAAGAAAGCUUUAAUUUACAGGCGACGCACGACAUUCUGUACCACAGACUUGAUUUUGACAAGUAUGACCAUCACGAAUUCCCUGGAGUUGUGCCGCGUACUUUUCUCGGACCCCUGUUGCUCUCCACACUCUGCUCCCCGCUCGUUUCUUUAUCAUCUCUGCUGGAGGCACCAAAAUUCUACACUCAGCUUAUAGUCCGGGCUUCGCUGGGGUUUUGCGUGAUCGGCGCUCUGUGGCAUAUGCAGAGAGAAGUGCGGAGGCAGUUUGGCUCCACAGUUGCGUGUCUUUUCUGUCUGACCUGUGCCUCCCAGUUCCACCUCAUGUUCUACAGCACCAGGACACUCCCCAAUGUCUUUGCGCUGCCAAUAGUGCUUGUAGCAUUCACCUCUUGGAUGGCUCAGAAACACGGCUGGUUCAUCAGCCUCUCCGCUUUGGCCAUCAUCGUGAUCCGGUCCGAGCUCUGCAUCUUGCUGGGCCUCAUGCUGCUGAUGGCGCUGCUGAGCAGGAGGCUGGGGCUGCUGCAGCUGAUUUACUACGCUGCUCCUGCUGGACUCUUGUCCCUAGCUCUGACGGUGGCUGUCGACACCUUCUUUUGGAGGAGGCUUUUGUGGCCUGAGGGGCAGGUAUUGUGGUACAAUGCCAUUCUUAACAAAAGCUCCAACUGGGGAACCUCGCCCUUUCUGUGGUAUUUUUACUCCGCCGUGCCUCGAGCCCUGGGCUGCUCGCUGCUCUUCGUGCCUCUCGGCCUCCUGGACAGGCGGAUUAGGCUGCUGCUGCUCCCCACAGUUGGCUUCAUCCUCAUCUACUCGCUGCUGCCUCACAAGGAGCUGCGUUUCAUCAUUUACACUUUCCCUGUGCUCAAUUUGGCUGCUGCACGCGGCUGUUCCUUCAUAUUGUGCAACUAUCAGAAAUCCUGGAUGUACAAACUGGGCUCUGCAGUUGUGGUUGGCCAGCUGUUGAUCAACUCAUCGUACACUGGCCUUUGCCUGUAUGUUUCCCAUCACAACUACCCGGGCGGCAAGGGAAUCCAGGAACUACACAGGCUGUUGCCGGCCACAGCAGAUGUCUUUGUUCACAUCGACAACUUUGCUGCCGAAACGGGAGUGUCACGCUUCUUAGAGCAAAACAAAAACUGGAGAUACGACAAAAGAGAAGACAUAAGCACCAGAAGCCCUGAGCUCCAGGUGUACUCACACCUGCUGAUGGAGGCGAACGACACCAAGAUACAGCAGCUGCACAACACUCAUGAGCCUCUGGUCUACAUCGAAGGUUUCAACAACAUCGCCUUUAGCAAGGCUCACUUCCCACUUGUCAGAGUUCACCUAGCGAGGAAAGCUGUGCUGAUGCAGAGCAAGACUUGGGAGGGCACGUCGAGAGAAACAUGAGCUGAAAUAUAAUUUAGAACUAUCAGGUGACCAAAGACAAUUAAAAAUCAUGCUGCUAGGUUGAUAGAAAAAAAAAAUGUCUUGGUGUCACAUACCAGCACAGAUCGCCUAUGAUCUUCUGCCCCAGCAAAUGCAUCCAGUUAUUGUUUACACCAGAGAAUCAUUUCUAUAUUUUGAUUUGUAAAUGAAUAAAAGCCAAACAGAGAAAAUGAAAGCAUGUUGUUAUCCUUACAGAGAUAGUUCAGGAGGUUUUGGAGAGAGGUAGUAAAAAUCCAGAGUGGUUGGUGCUGGAGAUUAAAGCUAACGGCUUUAAUUGGUUUGGGGCCAAGCCAAAACGCUCGUCGCCUUAAAUAACAUCUUAAAAAUGUAAUUUGCUUUGAGUAACAGCUAAAAUUGCUAACUUUGCAUUGGAUAAUCAUUUUCACAGGAAUUGCAGGUGCAGCAGCAAUAAUCUUCCUGUUUGAAACACUAAAUUGGACCAAAAUAUCUAAGAUUAACUGCAUUAUAAAGUAGUGGGUGACCUUGUUUCUUAAUGGCUCAUAUAAGGAACCAGAGAACCGAACGCAGCACAGUCUUUGUCAGUAGCGGAACAGGAACUAAACUUUAUCAAGAUAACAAAUUUUCCUUCUACAAAAAUGUCAAUUGAGCAAUGUCCUAUUUUCGUGAAUUUUUAAUCUUAUUUGAAUUUUAAGUGGAAUGAGCUGACAUUUCUUAAGAGUACAUCUCUAAAUGGAAAUACUUCUGAAGGUGCUGAUGUAGCGCCGGAAAUCAGGAAUAACGUAAAAAAAAUAAAAAUGCUGCCUUUAAAAUGAGAUUUUUGUAUUUUUUUUAAAUGGUUACAUUCUUGAAAAUGCUCUGGAAAAAAGCUGACAGAAACACAAGGCAGCAUUCGCUUAAACUCCACAUUUCACCCUUUUAUAGCAGUUAUUGUGAGCAUGCCAACUCCAAAGUCUAAAGCAAAUAAACAUUUUUUAAAAAGAUAGCAUUUGCAUAAUCUCCUGUUUUGAGACUGGUGUUUAUGAUGGUAAAAAUCAGCUUUGGGCUUAGCUCCUCUUGAACUAAAUGUUCCAGUACAUUAACUAAACUGGACCUAUGCUAAAUAGAGACAAGAAUCACCUACUGCGGGUAAAAAGCUACUUGUAAAAAUAAAUAAGCAAUAAAAACUCCCUCCAUAAAUCCUGAACUAUCCCUUUAAAUCCUUCAAAACUUCACACAAAAGCUAGAAUAAAAACAGAGAAUACCGUUCAAGAAAAACCUUUAUUUACAAAUGACCACAAAAUUUGCAUGUUUCCAGUCUGAAUGCUAAACGUUUAUCAAAUUAGGUUCAGAAGUCAUUUAAUAUAAAAAUGUACAGUACACUGUUCAUCAAUAAUAAACCCAUAAUUUAAUCCCCUGGACAUAAACUUAAAUUGUGCUUAAGAGUCAACUGGUGUAUUCCAAAAAAAUCCACCUUAUUCUGAAAAUACAGCCACAUUAUACAUCAUCUUAUUAAAAGCAUUUCAGUGAGUUAAAAAAAAAAAAAAAAAAAGACUUUCUACCGUACCGUAAGCCUCAAAUUUACAAAGAAAAAUUAAAUAGCAUUAACUUAAAACAUAUUUCAGUCACAGCAUUUGUUUUUGGGCCAAGUUGUCAUUCUGAGAAAAAAAUUCCUUGCAUCUAUGUUUAAUUAAUAAUAAUAAUAAUAAUAAAAAAACGGAUCCUGAUGCGAUCAGUACAAUUUCUAUAAUAUUUACAGCAUUUUGACCUGAAGUAGUUUUGGUUAAGGCACAAGGAGAGAGUAGACAACAGAAAAAAACAACAAUAACAAAAGAUUACAACCAAACACAUCAUCACUAUCCCCCUACAGCUAAAAA